GUGUCGUCUGUAAAAGCGGUGUUAAUUUGAUAUAGGUAAACUUGAAACAUUGUUUUUUCUUAAAAUUCAAUUGGAUUGUAUAGAUGUUAUUUUGAAGAAGUCAAUCUAAACUAACUAAAUGUGUUUAACAUAGCAAUAACAUCACAUCAAUUUGCAAAGAAAUAUUUAGAUUGUUCUUGGCAUCGGGGAAGUUCAAAUUAGAAUUUUCAAUUUAUUAUUCAGGUGCUUUAUCGAGGUUACAUAACAGAUAAAAUAAAUAAUUUAAUUUGGAAGAUAAAAAUGGCUUUUCCAUGCAGUAAAAGGACGGUAGCAGUAGUGUUUUGCGUUUUUGAAUGCCUUUUCAUUUCCGGACUACUAAACGGAUGGAUGUGGAUGCACCAACUUCUGAAAGACGAGAGAUCUUUUAUGGACGCCUGCAAUAGUACGAAGCCUACUUUAAGAAAUACUGAUGAUUCAGGCAGUUUGAUGGGUAUACUCAAAACGCAAGAUGAACGUGUAAACAAGCGUAAAGGAGACAAAACUACAUGUGUUUACAAGCGUGUUUUCAAAGUUAUUAGUUUAGAAGAGUAUGCAAACAUGCAGCAGAUAACAACAUCUAUGACAACUUUAAAUGCAGAUAGGCAAACUGAAAAUUUAAACAACACAGUUUCCGAAUGUUCAGAGGAAACCUGGAAGCAUGACUUCGUGUUUAAAUUGGUUAUCAUCAUUAGAAACAUUUCCAUGUUUCCUAUUGGAAUAUUUCUGGACAAGUAUGGAACAAGUCGAGCGCGUAUAAUAGCGAUGUGCUGCACUGCUUUUGGAUCUCUCACAAUGCUGUUUUCAAGUAAUGCAUACCCAUGGCUGAUUCUUCCUGCUUUGUUGAUGCUGGGAGUCUCCGGUGCUUUGAUUCUUCUGACAGAUUUACAGGUGUCUAACCUAUUUGGAUCUAGGCGCUAUACAGUCAUGUCUGUUUUUGUUGGAGCUUAUUUCUCCGGUGGUAUUGUCAUUUUUUUCAUGAAGCUGACGAAAGCUACAGGAGUUACACUGCAAACAUCUUUCAUGUUCACAACAAUCGGUAUUGUACCUGUGCUGAUAUCUACAAUCGCAAUGUUACCAAGGUCACGAAUACCAUGGCCUCUACCAGCAGAGUAUGGCAAGAGCAGACGCAUGAAUCACGCAGAAGACAAAUAUGCGAAGGCAAAAGCUUGGCAAAGACGCAUCUCAGUGGGCAAUAAGAAGAAAAAUGAUUUGUCGGAGUUCUGGGAGACUAUUAAAACAAAGAUGUUCAUUUUCUGUGUAAUAUGGUUUUCCCUUCAUAGCCUUAAAAUAUGGCUGUUUGACAUGACCGUCGAUAUUCAGAUUAGAAAUAUUGGCAUUUCAGACACUGAAGGAUAUAUAUCUCUGUAUGCUAUGAUACUGCUGUUGAGUUUGCCAAUGUCACCGUUAAUUGGAAUCAUUAUGGACUGGAAUAAAAAGCAGGUGACAGUACAACAUCAUGUUCUCCAGAUGAAAAAUAUAUUCAUUGCCAUCUGUGUUCAUCUCUGUAUUGCUAUACUAAGCAGUGUGACGUCGUUGUUUUCAAAUGUUCAUCUUCAAGUGCUUUCAUUUAUCCUGGUUGCCAUGGAAAAGGUCGCCCUGCAUGCAACAUUAUUUGCCUUUUUGACUCACGUACAUUUUCCCAGUGAACAUUUUGGAAAAUUGGUGGGCACUGUAAUAUCAGUUUCCGGUGGCACCCUUAUCUUACAAUUUCCACUGAAAUUGUUGAUACAUCAAGGAGCGUCUGACAAAACAAUUUACGUACACGUUAUUCUGUUGGUGAUAGUGUUGCUAUCGGGAUGUCACCCACUUUCGCUUUGGUACCACUGUAGAACUGGUAGCAUCAACAAUAGUGCAGAAAUUGCGGAACAGGAAAGUCCUCUAACUGUCGUUCUCAUGGAAAGCAUAAUGAAAAAGCCGGAUGAAUGUGAUAAUAACACUCCCGCUGAUGGUGUUGACAAAAUGACUGAUGCUGAAGCAACGAAAUUGCAAAUAACUGAUCUUUAAUAUUGUUUUGGGAAUAUGAAAAUGUAAUCUGAAAGAUAUCUUGCGUGAUCCAAGGACAAAAACACGAUGGGAAAUUUGUUUUAAUUUGAGAAUCAUUUUUAAGCAAGGAACUGCAAUUGUUUUCAGAAACAAAUCAAACAACAGUAUCAAAGUUGACACACAUCACAAAACAAAAUUAUCAGGGGAUGUAGUUACCAAAGAGGAACACGUUUCAAAGUUACAACGUUCGGAAAUAUAAACGAAUUAAACAAUAAAGUUUUCCAUAAACAUGUAAAUAAUUAAGUCAGUAUGGCAUGUUGUUAUUUUGUUUAUAGAAACCGUCCAGGCUUACUGCUCGUUUUGUCAAUCUUAUUUGACAUGAAAACAGUGUUCAGUGGUCUUCUAACAUAUUAAUAGAACAGAACAGUUAUCGUCGGACAAUAACAGUGUAAAUGAGACACUUUACGUAUUGCCAUGUGUUUUGUUUCUAAAUAAUACACGGAUACAUAUAUCCUUUAAUAACAAUAUUUCCAAAUAUGUAAAGAAAGUACUGAAUAAAAUAAAGUUAAUAUCA